AUGGCGGACACAGCCGCCGGCGUCAACACGACGGCCGUGAUCCUCUCGACCAGCAUCGUCACCUUCAUCACCGGCUUCUUCCUCGGCAUCUACUCGAUCAGGGGGUACCUCAUCUCGCCGUCUCUGCGUGCCGAGAGGGCCGCCAACCUCAAGGACCCCGUCGAGAGCGACGAGUCCGACAUUGACGAGGACGACACCAUCCUCGACCACGCGCCGAACUGGACCAAUGGCCUCGAUGCAGACCGCAGGCAGGGUCUGCGCGUGACCGAGGAGGAGAAGAGCAGCAGCAGCACGAAGGACGGCAGCCAGAAGAAGAAGAAGAAGGGGGGUAAGAAGGGCGCCGCCGAGGAGAAUAUGCCAAAGGCCGGCGACGCGAAGGAGGGGAACGCGAAUGAGGAGUGCAAGCUCGUCCUGGUCGUCCGGACAGAUCUGGGAAUGACUAAAGGCAAGAUCGCAGCGCAGUGCAGCCACGCAACCCUGGCCUGCUACAAGACGCUCUCCCGCGCGCAGUCCAAGAACCCGUCCUCCGCCGAGGCCCGCAUCCUCCAGCGCUGGGAACGCCUGGGCCAGGCCAAGAUCGCCGUGCAGGUCAAGUCCGAGGACGAGAUGCUCGAGCUCAUGGGCAAGGCGCGCAGCCUGGGCAUCACCGCCGAGGUGAUCCAGGACGCGGGCCGCACGCAGAUCGACCCGGGCAGCCUGACCGUACUGGGCGUCGGGCCGGCGCCAAAGAGCCAGGUCGAUCUGAUCACCGGUGGACUGAAGCUAUUGUAA